GCAGAGGAGGAAGUGCCCCGAACUACAGCCACUGGCUUAGCUCCUCCCUCUUUCCUUCCCCAAGUCAGUUUCACUUUUGCUUUCCUAUAUCUGGCCUUCUUACUGGGAAGGACAACAAACUAACCCGACUGGCCUGAGUCAGCAGGGAUUCUGAUGGCAGAGGAGGAGGAGGUAGGGAGAGCCUUGGAGCUCCGGGGACUGCCCCCUGAAGUGCCAGAUGAGUUGCUUACCCUUUACUUUGAGAACCACCGUCGCUCUGGUGGAGGACCUCUGUUGAGCUGGCAGAGAUUUGGCUGUGGGGGUAUCCUCGUCUUUCAAGAUCCUGCAAAUGCAAGGAGGGUCUUAAUCCGAGCAGAGCACCAACUACACGGUGCCCGGUUGAGCCUGAGGCCAGCCCCGCCACGUGCCCCCGAACGUGUGCUUCUGCAUCGACUGCCACCUGACACUUCACCUCAGAGCCUGGAGCAACACGUUCAGGCCCUGCUAUGUGCUGCGGGGCACCCCGUGCAGGCUUGCCAUGCCCUGGCCAGUCCUCGGCAGGACUGUGCGCUGGUCCAGUUAUCCAUGCCCCUUUCUGAGGCAGAGGUCUCUGCCCUGGAGGAGCAAGCCCGGAAUCUGCCCCUGAAUGGGACCACAGUGUCCUUGGCCUGGGUGCCCCAGACCCGAGCAGUACGUGUGGUGGAUGGCGCUGCCCCGGUGGAACCGUUGCUGUUGGAGCUCUACCUGGAAAACGAGCGUCGCAGUGGCGGGGGCCCCUUGGAGGGUCUGCGCAGCCUGCCUAGGCAACUGGGCACUGUUAUCCUCUUUCAGCAAUGGCAGGUGGCUGAACGUGUGCUGAAGCGGAAACACUGGCUACAGGGCUCUGAGUUGAGCCUGGUCCCCCACUAUGACGUCUUAGAGCCAGAGGAGCUUGCCGAGGGCAUCAGUGGAGGAGACCACCCAACCUUGCAGGAAUCUGGAGUCAUCCAGCAUGCUCUUACAGGGGCAAGAGGGCUGCCUGGGGCCCUGCCUAUGACUGUGGGCUCUGGGGGGACACCAGGACAAUUAGGAACCCCUCUAAAGGCAGGUCCUGAAGGAGCUCCACGACAAGCCAUGCCAAUCGAUUCAGGGUCUGUGAGGUCUCUGGGGCAAGAGGAGCCUAUAAACCUAGGAACUACGGGAUCUCCAGAGCAGGCUGGUUUCAUGAACCAGGGGAUUAUGGGGUCUGCAAGCCCAGUGGGUCCAGUAGAAAGCUUUACAGAACUCCCAGGUCAAGUAGGACCUAUGAUCUCAGACACAGAGGGAGUUCAGGGGCAGGAAAGCCUGGGGGAAGUUGGCACAAGCUCACCAGAGCAGGAGGGGCUGUUGGGUUUAGUGGGAAUGGCCAUGGAGUCUCCAGAACCAGGGCUGGAGAGCCCGGGAUAUGGGGAGCUGCAGAGGCAAGAGAGCUUGGUGGAGAUGGUGAUGUCAAUGGAUCCAGGGGCCAUGCGUUUCCUGCAGCUUUAUCAAGAGGACCUCCUUGCCAGCCUGGAAGAUGUGGCCCUCUUCCCACUUGAAGGAGUGGACGUGACUGGCUUUCGGCUUUAUGGGGCCAGGACCCCAUGCCAGGCAGCUCAGGAGUUGCUGCAGAGUCUGCUGUGUAGCAUUAGCUGCCACGUGCUGAGCAUGAAGCACCCAGGCAGUGCCAGGUUCCUGCUGGGCGUGGAGGGGCAGCGACUUCUUCACAGGCUGGAGGCUCAGUUCCAGUGUGUCUUUGGGACAGAACGUCUGGCCAGCGCCACCCUGGACAUAAUAGACCCUGAAAGGACGGAUCCCACUGAGGCCCUCCAAGUCCUCCAUGACCACAGGACAGGCAGUGAUCAGGAGAACAUGAGACUGGAGGAAGUUCAAGAGCUGCUGGCUACCUUGGAGGGCCUACCUGGGGAGGACAGGCUGUCUCUGGAGAUGGGGACGGAGAGACCUGGAGAGCAGUCAGAGGAGACCACCCUACAGCAGGAGGUGGAAAACCCCACACUUGAAGCUUGGGAGGAGGCUGUGGCCUCAAACACUGGACUAGAAGAGGAGGCUACGUUGCAGCUGGCUAUCCACCGAUCCUUGGAGUCUCAAAGCCAGGUGGCUGAUGAGCGAGAGGCCACUGCACUAAGGCAAGCCCUGGCCCUCUCCCUAUUAGAAGCAGAAGAGCCCCUGGGUGAUGAUACUGGGGGUAAGGCCCAGCUGGUGGUGCACACAUCCUUUGAGCAGGAUAUGGAUGAACUGAACCGGGCCCUAUCCUGCGCCUUGGAGGAACACCUUCAGGAGGAGACAGUGAAUCUCCAAGGCUGUGUGCUGCCCACAGAGCUUGGGGCACGCCUGGAGAGGUGCUAUGAUGUGAGUGCUAUACUAUGCGGUGACCGAAUUGUCCUCCGUGGCUUUGGGGUCCAGCCUGCCCGUGCGGCUCGCCACUUAGCUGCUCUCCUUGUUGGCCCCUGGGACCAGAAUUUGACCUUUCCCUUGGAGGCCUCAGAAAACAACCUGUCAGAGCAGGGGCUAAAAGAACCCUUGGGCAGGCUGGAGGCCCUGGAAGAGAAUUCCAAGGAGUUCCAGGAUGUGGUGCAGGCCUUUUAUGACACCCUGGAUGCUGCCCACAGCAGGAUCAGCAUUGUUCGAGUGGAGCGUGUGUCACACCCGCUGCUGCAGCAACAGUACAAGCUGCACCGGGAGCGCUUGAUGCAGCGCUGCCAGCAACGCCCGGUGGAACAAGUCCUCUACCACGGCACGUCGGAAUCCGCCGUGCCCGACAUCUGUGCGCACGGCUUCAACCGCAGCUUCUGCGGCCGGAACGGCACCCUCUACGGACAGGGCGUGUACUUCGCCAAGCGUGCCUCCCUGUCGGUACUGGAUCGCUACUCGCCUCCCAAUGCAGAAGGCCACAAGGCAGUGUUUGUGGCACGGGUGCUGACCGGCGACUAUGGACAGGGCUCCCAAGGUCUGAAGGCGCCUCCUUUGAGGGCCUCUGGCCAGGUCCUUCGCUACGACAGCACGGUGGACUGCCUCCUCCAGCCCAAAAUCUUUGUCAUCUUUCACGACACCCAAGCUCUGCCCACUCAUCUAAUCACCUGCAAGAACAUACCCCGGGGUACCCCCUGGUGAGACCGCCUUGGUCUCUUCCAUCUCUUUCCUGGACAUUGGACCUGAGAGGCCAGCUUCUGCUUCCCUGCUCCACAAAGUUUCUAAGCGUUAGAGCUGCCCCCGGGGGCGCUCUUGCCUCUGGCUGGAAAGCCAGGAUGACUGUGGACUGGGGAGGGCCAGACCUAAUCGGUUCCCUGGCUUGCUCCACCGCCAGGGGUCAGCAGAACGCGGCAGGAGGGCGCGCUGCCAGGCACACCCGUGGUGGUUGGACCGCGCCCUAGCGCGGCUUCUGUCUUUGAAUAAACCUGUACUUGGAACCAGUUA